AUGGCCAUCGUCAAAGCCGUCCUAUUUGAGGAGCUUGAAUUCCAGGCUACGAGGGACAAUUUCACGCGUUUGAAGCAGACCAACCACGUCUCUUUUGCCCCUUUUGUCAAGCGAGUCUUCAUCAUGCCCAAUCUUUACGGCGCAAUACUAAAUUCUUCUGGCUUCCAGAAUAUCCAUCUGAACAUUGCAGACCACCACCAGCGGUUGGAGGAUUUGGAAGGUGAUGCUGUGCGAGAGGCCGAGCUUGUCCGUGAAUACCUACAAGGAGACUCUCAUAGAAUAGUCUUUGUGAUAAACGGCGAGGAUGAAAUGAAGGAUGCGUACCAGAAGUACAAGGAGUGCGCGCAAAAGGACCUUGAAUUAAUGCUUGAGGAGAGUUUGCACGACGUUUGGCUGGAAUGCUUUCAAAGCUUUCAGCGUCUGACCUCGAUGAGUGUCCAUUCAUUGCUGUCUAGGCAUCCAUUCAUUCCUGCAUGGGAUUCUCUCGUCGUUGCUAAUUCUCUUGAUGUAUGUCUUGAAUGUGUUAGAUGCAUGGAAAUUCUCACCCGGGACUUUAUAUCAGAAAGAAGUUUGGUUGCCCAAACAGUGGUCCCAUGCAUGGGGGCGGCAAACACAACACUGGAAGUUUUAUCGGUGGACUGGGCAAUAUUGGUCAUUCUUGGACGGGGAUGGCGAGAGCGGGAAUGCCAACUACCUCCCUUCGCUCGUUUGGCGGAACUCCGUAUGUACAGCCCGAGUGAUGACGUUCACGCCGAAUGCAACGUCGAUGUCGACACCGAGCUUAACUGGAGGAUGGGUGUCGAGACCUUGCUUGACAAAACUCAUACUACCUUACAGCAUCUCGAAGUGUUUGGUACCCAGGAAGAGCCAGAACUGGAGUGGGUUUCUAUGUCUCGUCUUAGUUUCCCAUGCCUUCGGCACCUGGAGGUCAGCAACGUCUGGACCAACCUGGAAUCAUUGGCAGCCGAUAUAUCACACUUCUCGGGGCUAGAGCAAUUGGUGGUGGAAGGAGUUGAAAUUAUGACACGACGCGAGGGGGAUUGGAAGCCGGUCUUCGACGCUCUUCGAGACCAUCAGACUCGGAUGAGCCUCAUCUCCUUUCUCAAUAUCCGACGCAUGGACGACACGACUUGGACCAUCGAUAUUAGGGACUACGAACUCGAAAGCUAUUACGCAAGAGAGGAAAUGUAUUCGUAUCCUGAACCAAUGGCAAGCAGUCUACGGGGAUAUCUCACCAAACGUGGGGGUUGGGAUGGGCCUUUAGAAGAGUGGUUUCCCAGGACUGCGCAGUGA